UUUCGGGAGUUUUCUUUUUCCACCAUGAUUAAUGCCUUGCUGGGUCUUGCUGCUUUGGUGCUUCAUUGUGGGACCUGCGAGAAGCCCCCAGAAGGAAUGGUCUCCUCCUCAGGGUGGCACUUUACACACUCGCUUUACAAUGUUACCAUCUACGAAAACUCUGCUCCCAAGACCUAUGUGGAGAGCUCUGAGAAAAUGGGCAUGUACCUCGCGGAGCCCCAGUGGGCAGUGAGGUACCGGAUCAUCUCUGGGGACGUGGCCAAUGUAUUUAAGACGGAGGAAUAUGUGGUGGGGAACUUCUGCUUCCUGAGAAUAAGGACAAAGAGCAGCAAUACGGCACUUCUCAACAGGGAGGUGCGGGACAGCUACACCCUUAUCAUCCAAGCCACGGAGAAGACCUUGGAGUUUGAGGCUUUGACCCGCGUGGUGGUCCACAUCCUGGACCAGAAUGAUCUGAGGCCCCUCUUCUCCCCACCAUCAUACAGAGUCACCAUCUCCGAGGACAUGCCCCUCAAGAGCCCCAUCUGCAAAGUGACAGCCACCGACGCUGACCUGGGCCAGAACGCUGGGUUCUAUUAUGCCUUCAAUUCAAGGUCAGAUGCGUUUGCAAUCCAUCCCACCAGCGGCGUGGUCACCGUGGCUGGGAAGCUCAAUGUCACCUGGAGAGGGAAGUAUGAGCUCCAGGUGCUGGCUGUGGACCGCAUGCGAAAAAUUUCUGAGGGCAACGGAUUUGGCAACUUGGCUUCGCUUGUGGUCCACGUGGAGCCUGCCCCCAGGAAAUCCCUGGCCAUUGCCUCAGUGGUGGUGACGCCACCAGAUGACAAUGAAGGUGCGGCCUAUGCCACCAUAGUGGUAGAUGCAAACGGCUCAGGGGCUGAAGUGGACUCCCUGGAAGUUGUUGGCGGAGAUCCUGGGAAGCACUUCAAGGCGGUCAAGUCCUACGCCCACGGCAACGAAUUCAGUUUGGUGUCUGUCAAAGAUGUCAACUGGAUGGAGCACCUUCACGGAUUCAACCUCAGCCUGCAGGCCAGGAGUGGGGGCAGACCUACAUUUUAUUCCCAGAUCAGGGGCUUUCAUCUACCACCUUCCAAACUAGCUUCCCUUAAAUUCGAGAAGGCUGUUUAUAGGGUGAAGCUUAGCGAGUUUUCCCCUCCGGGAAGUCGCGUGGUGUUGGUGAAAGUCACCCCCGCCUUCCCCAACCUGCAGUACAUUCUAAAGCCAUCCUCAGAGAGCCCAGGGUUUAAACUCAAUGCUCGCACUGGGUUGAUCACCACCACGAAGCUCCUGGACUUCCAUGACCGAGCCCACUACCAGCUACACGUCAGGACCUCACCGGGCCUGGCCGCUGCUACGGUGGUCAUUGACAUCGUGGACUGUAACAACCACGCCCCCAUCUUCAACAGGUCUUCCUACGAUGGCACCUUGGAGGAGAACAUCCCUCCAGGAACCAGUGUUUUGACUGUUACUGCCACGGACUGGGAUCAUGGGGAGAAUGGAUAUGUCACCUAUUCCAUUGCUGGCCCCCAAGCUGUGCCAUUCUCUAUUGACCCUUACCUGGGGAUCAUCUCCACCUCCAAACCCAUGGACUAUGAGCUCAUGAAAAGAAUUUAUACCUUCCGGGUUCGGGCAUCGGACUGGGGAUCCCCUUUCCGCCAGGAGAAGGAAGUGUCCAUUUCUCUUAGUCUCAAGAACUUGAAUGACAACCAGCCCAUGUUUGAGGAGGUCAACUGCACGGUGUCUAUUCGCCACGAUUGGCCAGUGGGGAAGCUGAUAAUGACCGUGUCAGCCAUCGAUGUGGAUGAGCUUCAGAACCUGAAAUACGAGAUGGUGUCGGGCAACGAAGCAGAUUAUUUUUCUCUAGAUGACUUUUCCGGGGUGAUAUCCCUCAAACGUUCUUUUAUGAAUCUCUCCACCCAUCAUCCCACCAGGUAUUUCUUGAAAAUUACAGCCUCAGAUGGCAAAAACUAUGCUUCCCCCACAACUCUGAAUGUGACCGUGGUGAAGGACCCUCGUUUGGAGGUCCCUGUAAGGUGUGAUAAGACGGGGGUGCUCACACACUUCACAAAGACCAUCCUUCACUCUGUUGGGCUUCAGGACCAGGAGCCCGGUGACGAGGAAUUCACUUCCCUGAGCACAUAUCAGAUCAAUUGUCACACCCCCCAGUUUGAGGACCACUUCCCCCAGUCCAUUGACGUUCUCGAGCGUGUUCCCAUCAACAUGCCCUUGGCCCGCCUGGCAGCCACUGACCCUGAUGCUGGCUUUAAUGGCAAACUGGUCUAUGUGAUUGCAGAUGGCAAUGAGGAGGGCUGUUUUGACAUUGAGCUGGAGACGGGGCUGCUCACAGUAGCCGCUCCGCUGGACUACGAAACCACCAGUUACUACCUCCUCAAUGUCACAGUGUAUGACCUGGGCACUCCCCAGAAGGCCUCUUGGAAGGUGCUGACAGUGAAUGUGCAGGACUGGAACGACAACGCACCCACAUUUCCUCCUGGCGGGUACCAGCUAACGAUCUCAGAGGACACAGAGGUUGGAACCACAAUUGCACAGCUGAAAACGAAAGAUGCUGACUCGGAGGACAACGGCCGGGUUCGCUACACCCUGCUGAGCCCCACGGAGAAGUUUUCCCUCCACCCUCUCACUGGGGAGCUAGUGGUCACAGGGUACUUGGACCGGGAAGUAGAACCUCGGUAUAUACUCAAGGUAGAGGCCAGGGAUCAGCCCAGGAAGGGCCACCAGCUCUUCUCUGUCACUGACUUGAUAGUCACAUUGGAAGACGAGAAUGAUAACUCUCCCCAGUGCAUCACAGAACACAGCAGCCUGAAGGUCCCAGAGGACUUGCCCCCAGGAACUGUGUUGACAUUUCUGGAUGCCUCGGAUCCUGACCUGGGUCCUGCAGGUGAAGUGCGAUAUGUCCUGUUGGAGGAUGCCCAUGGAACCUUCCGGAUGGAUCCAAUGACUGGGGCACUGAGUCUGGAAAAAGAGUUGGAUUUUGAGAGGCGGGCUGGGUACAACCUGAGCUUGUGGGUCAGUGACAGUGGGAGUCCCCUGGCCCGUAGGACCCUCUGCCACGUGGAGGUGAUAGUCCUGGAUGUGAAUGAGAAUCUCCAUCCUCCCCGCUUUACCUCCUUUGUGUACCAGGCUCACGUGCAAGAGAACAGCCCCUCAGGAACUCAGGUGAUGCUGGUGUCUGCUCACGAUGACGACAGUGGCCUGGAUGGGGAGCUCCAGUAUUUUCUGCGGGCUGGCACUGGCCUUGAAGCUUUCACUAUCAACCAAGACACAGGAAUGAUUCAGACUCUGAUGCCCCUGGAUCGGGAAUUUGUACCCUACUACUGGUUGACAGUACUGGCUGUGGACAGGGGUUCUAUACCUCUCUCUUCUGUCACUGAAGUCUACAUUGAGGUCACAGAUGUCAAUGACAACCCACCCCGGAUGUCCAGACCUGUGUUCUACCCCUCCAUCCAGGAGGAUGCUCCCUUGGGCACCUCUGUGCUUCAACUGGAUGCCUGGGAUCCAGACUCCAGCUCAAAAGGGAAGCUAACCUUCAACAUCACCAGUGGGAAUCACAUGGGAUUCUUCAUUAUUCACCCAUUCACAGGUCUCCUGUCCACCGCCAAGCAGCUGGACCGGGAGAACAAGGAUGAACACGUUCUGGAGGUGACUGUGCUGGACAAUGGGGAGCCUUCCCUGAAGUCCACCUCCAGGGUGGUGGUGUGCAUCUUGGACGUCAAUGACAAUCCACCUGUAUUCUCCCACAAGCUCUUCAAUGUUCGUCUUCCAGAGAGGCUCAGCCCAGUGUCCCCUGGGCCUGUGUACAGGCUGGUGGCUUCAGACUCAGAUGAGGGUCUCAAUGGCAGGGUUACCUACAGCAUUGAGGAGACCGAUGAGGAGGGUUUCAGCAUUGACCCAGUCACYGGUGUAGUGUCAUCCAGUAGCACCUUUACGGCCGGAGAAUAUAAUAUCCUAACGAUCAAGGCAACAGAUAGUGGGCAGCCACCACUCUCAACUAGUGUCCGGCUACACAUAGAAUGGAUCCCCCAGCCUCGACCAUCCUCCAUACCAAUGGCCUUUGAUGAAAACCACUACAGUUUUACUGUCAUGGAGACAGACCCUGUGAACCACAUGGUGGGGGUCAUCAGUGUAGAGGGCCGACCUGGCCUCUUCUGGUUCCACAUCUCAGGUGGGGAUAAGGACAUGGACUUUGACAUUGAGAAGACCACGGGCAGCAUCAUCAUCGCCAGGCCUCUUGAUACACGGAGAAGGUCAAGCUAUAACUUGACUGUGGAGGUGACAGAUGGGUUCCACACCAUUGCCACCCAGGUCUACAUUUUCAUGAUUGCCAACAUUAACCAUCACAGGCCUCAGUUUCUGGAGGCUCACUAUGAGGUCAGAGUCCCCCAGGACACUCUGCCUGGGGUCGAGCUCCUCCGAGUCCAGGCUACAGAUCAGGACAAGGGCAAGGGACUCAUCUACACCAUCCAGGGCAGCCAAGACCCGGAAAGUACCAGCCUCUUCCAGCUGGACCCAAGCAGUGGUGUCCUGGUAACCGUGGGGAAAUUGGACCUGGGCUCAGGGCCCUCCCAGCAUACACUGACGGUUAUGGUCCGAGACCAAGAGAUGCCCAUCAAGAGGAACUUCGUGUGGGUGACCAUUCAUGUGGAGGAUGGAAACCUCCACCCACCACACUUCACCCAGCUCCGGUAUGAGACAAGUGUUCCUGACACCAUAGUCCCUGGCACAGAGCUGCUCCAGGUCCGAGCUGAGGAUGCUGACCGGGGUGCCAAUGCUGUGGUCCACUACUCCCUCCUGAAAGGUAACAGUGAGGGUUUCUUCAACAUCAAUACCCUACUAGGCAUCAUAACCGUAGCCCAGAAACUUGACCGAGCAAAUCACACUCGGCAUACUUUGACAGUGAAGGCAGAAGAUCAAGGCUUCCCACGUUGGCAUGACCUGGCUACAGUGAUCAUUCAUGUGUACCCCUCAGACAGCAGUGCACCCAUCUUUUCAAAAUCUGAGUACUUUGUGGAGAUCCCAGAGUCUAUCCCCAUUGGCUCCCCAAUCAUCCUUGUCUCUGCUACCAGCUCCUCUGAAGUUACCUAUGAGUUGCGAGAGGGAAACAAAGAUGGCGUCUUCUCUAUGAACUCAUAUUCUGGCCUCAUUUCCAUCCAGAAGAAGUUAGACCAUGAGAAAAUCUCCUCUUACCAGCUGAAAAUCCGAGGCAGCAACAUGGCAGGUGCCUUUACGGAUGUCGUGGUGCUUGCUUACAUAAUUGAUGACAAUGACAACGCUCCCACKUUCUUGAAGUCAACUUUUGUGGGCCAAAUUAGCGAAGCAGCUCCAUUGCACAGCAUGAUCAUGGAUGAAGACAACAACCCYUUUGUGAUUCACGCCUCUGACGUCGACAAGGAAGCGAAUUCCUUGUUGGUGUAUAAAAUUUUAGAGCCAGAGGCCUUGAAGUUUUUCCAAAUUGAUCCCAGCAUGGGCACCCUAACCAUUGCAUCAGAGAUGGAUUAUGAGAGUAUGCCUUCUUUCCAGUUCAGCGUCUACGUCCAUGACCAAGGGAGCCCCAUCUUAUUUGCACCCAGGCCUGCGAGGGUCAUUAUCAAUGUCAGAGAUGUGAACGACUCUCCUCCCAGGUUCGCAGAGCAGAUAUAUGAAGUGGCCAUCGUGGAACCCAUCCAUCCAGGAAUGGAGCUCCUUGUGGUGAGGGCCAGUGACGAAGAUUCGGAAGUCAAUUAUAGCAUCAAGACUGGCAAUGCUGAUGAAGCCGUUGCCAUUCAUCCCGUCACUGGUCGAAUAUCUGUGCUGAAUCCUGCUGUCCUGGGGCUCUCUCGGAAGCUCACCAUUAGGGCUUCCGAUGGCUUGUAUCAAGAUACUGCACUGGUAAAAAUUUCUUUGACCCACGUCCUUGACAAAAGUUUACAGUUUGAUCAGGAUGUCUAUAGGGCAAGAGUGAAGGAGAACCUGCAGGACAGAAAGUCCCUGGUGAUUUUCAAUGUCCAGGGCAAUCAUUUGAAUGACACCUUGUCCUACUUUCUCUUGAAUGGCACAGAUCUGUUUCAUAUGGUGAAGUCAGCAGGUGUGCUGCAAACAAGAGGAGUGGCAUUUGACCGAGAGCAGCAGGACACUCACGAGGUGGCAGUGGAAGUAAGGGACAAUCGGAUCCCUCCGCGAGUGGCUCAGGCUCUAGUCAGAGUCUCUGUUGAAGAUGUCAAUGACAAUCCUCCUGAAUUCAAGCAUCUGCCCUAUUACACAACCAUCCAAGAUGGCACAGAGCCAGGGGAUGUCCUCUUUCAGGUAUCUGCCACUGAUGAGGACUUGGGGGCAAAUGGGACAGUCACAUAUGCAUUUGCAGAAGAUUAUACCUAUUUCCGAAUUGACCCCUAUGUUGGGGACAUCUCGCUCAAGAAGCCCUUCGAUUAUCAAGCUUUAAAUAAGUAUCGCCUCAAAGUYAUUGCCCGGGAUGGAGGAACCCCAUCCCUACAGACUGAGGAAGAGGUUCUUGUCACUGUGAGAAAUAAAUCCAACCCACUAUUUCAGAGUCCUUACUACAAAAUCAAAGUACCUGAAAAUAUCACCCUCUAUACCCCAAUUCUCCACACCCAAGCCCGGAGUCCAGAGGGACUCAGGCUUAUCUACAACAUUGUGGAGGAAGAGCCCUUGAUGCUCUUCACCACUGAUUUUAAGACAGGUGUUCUCACAGUGACAGGACCUUUGGACUAUGAGUCUAAGAGCAGACAUGUGUUCACGGUCAGGGCCACAGACACAGCCCUGGGGUCAUUUUCUGAAGCCACAGUGGAAGUCCUGGUGGAGGACAUUAAUGAUAACCCUCCAAUUUUUUCCCAAUUGGUGUAUACCACUUCAGUGUCAGAAGGCUUGCCUGCUCAGACUCCUGUGAUCCAACUCUUGGCUUCGGAUCAAGACUCAGGACAGAACCGGGAUGUCUCCUAUGAGAUCGUGGAGGAUGGCUCUGACGUUUCCAAAUUCUUCCAGAUCAACGGGAGCACGGGGGAGAUGUUCACAGUUCAAGAGCUGGAUUAUGAAGCACGGCAACACUUUCACGUGAAGGUCAGGGCCAUGGAUAGAGGAGACCCUCCGCUCACUGGUGAGACCCUUGUGGUUGUCAAUGUGUCUGACAUCAAUGACAACCCCCCAGAGUUCAGACAACCUCAGUAUGAAGCCAAUGUCAGUGAGUUAGCAACCUGUGGACACCUGGUUCUUAAAGUUCAAGCUCUGGAUCCUGACAGCAAGGACGCCUCCCAUCUGGAGUACCUGAUUCUUUCUGGCAAUCAGGACCGGCACUUCUCCAUCAACAGCUCGUCAGGCAUCAUUUCUACAUUCAAUCUUUGCAAAAAGCACCUGGACUCUUUUUACAAUUUGAGGGUAGGGGCUUCUGAUGGGGUCUUUCGAGCAACGGUGCCUGUGUAUAUAAACACUACAAAUGCCAACAAGUUCAGCCCAGAAUUCCAGCAGCAUGUUUAUGAGGCAGAGUUAGCCGAGAAUGCAAGGGUGGGCACCAAGGUGAUUGAGUUAUUAGCCAUAGACAAGGACAGUGGUCCCUAUGGCACUGUAGACUACACUAUCAUUAACAAACUCGCAGAUGAAAAGUUCUCCAUAAACCCCAGUGGCCAGAUCACCACUCUGCAGAAACUGGAUCGAGAAAAUUCAACAGAAAGAGUCAUAGCUAUUAAGGUGAUGGCCCGWGACGGAGGAGGAAGAGUGGCCUUCUGCACCGUGAAGAUCAUCCUCACAGAUGAAAAUGACAACCCUCCACAGUUCAAAGCAUCCGGGUACACCCUGUCCAUCCCAUCGAACGUCAGUAAAGACUCCCCCAUUAUCCAGGUGCUGGCUUACGAUGCAGACGAAGGUCGGAAUGCAGAUGUCACCUACUCAGUGGACUCUAUAGAGGACCUGGAUGAAAACAUCAUUGAAGUCAAUGCAACCACUGGUGUGGUCAAGGUGAAAGAGAGCCUGGUGGGGCUGGAAAACAGGGCUGUCGACUUCAAAAUCAAAGCCCAAGAUGGGGGUCCCCCUCACUGGGGCUCUCUGGUGCCAGUACGACUUCAGGUUGUUCCUAAUGAAGUGUCCUUGCCCAAAUUUUCUGAGCCCCUGUAUACUUUCUCAGCUUCUGAAGAUCUUCCAGAAGGGUCUGAAAUUGGGGUUGUUAAAGCAGUGGCAGCUCAAGAUCCAGUCAUCUACAGUCUGGUGCAGGGCACCACACCAGAGAGCAAUAAGGACGGUGUCUUCUCUCUGGACGGAGACACGGGGGUCCUAAAAGUGAGGAAGCCCAUGGAUCAUGAGUCCACCAAAUGGUACCAGAUUGAUCUGAUGGCACAUUGCCCCCAUGAGGAUACUGAUUUGGUGUCCUUAGUCUCAGUCAACAUCCAAGUGGAAGAUGUCAAUGACAACAGGCCUAUAUUUGAGGCUGAUCCAUACAAGGCUUUCCUUACMGAGAAUAUGCCGGGGGGUACCACAGUCAUUCAAGUGACUGCUAAUGACCAAGAUACAGGGAGUGAUGGCCAGGUGAGCUACAGGUUGUCCAUGGAGACUGGCAGCAACAUCCAUGAGCUCUUUUCCAUUGACAGCGAGAGCGGCUGGAUCACCACCCUCCAGGAACUUGACUGUGAGACCCGCCAGAACUACCACUUCUAUGUGGUGGCCUAUGACCAUGGACAGACCAUCCAGCUGUCCUCUCAGGCCCUGGUGGAGGUCUCCAUUACAGAUGAGAAUGACAAUGCUCCUCGAUUUGCUUCUGAAGACUACAGAGGAUCUGUGGUUGAGAAUAGUGAACCUGGUGAGCUUGUGGUCACUCUGAAGACCCUGGAUGCUGACAUCUCUGAACAGAACAGACAGGUCACCUGCUACAUCACAGAGGGAGACCCCCUGGGCCAAUUUGGCAUCAGCCAAGUUGGGGAUGAAUGGAGGAUCUACUCAAGGAAGACCCUGGACCGUGAGCACAUGGCCAAGUACUUGCUCAGAAUCACAGCGUCAGAUGGCAAGUUCCAGGCUUCUGUCCCUGUGGAGAUCUUUGUCCUGGACAUGAAUGAUAACAGCCCGCAGUGCUCACAGCUUCUCUAUACUGGCAACGUUCGUGAAGAUGUAUCUCCAGGACACUUCAUUUUGAAAGUUUCGGCUACAGACUUGGACACCGACACCAACGCUCAGAUCACAUAUUCUCUGCAUGGACCUGGGGCACAUGAAUUCAAGCUGGAUCCUCAUACAGGGGAGCUGACCACACUCACAGCCCUGGACCGUGAGAAGAAGGAUGUGUACAACCUUGUUGCCAAGGCAACGGAUGGAGGUGGUCGAUCGUGCCAGGCGGACGUCACCCUCCACGUGGAGGAUGUGAAUGACAAUGCGCCACGAUUCUUCCCCAGCCACUGUGCUGUGGCUGUCUUCGACAACACCACAGUUAAGACCCCCGUGGCUGUGGUAUUUGCCCGGGACCCUGACCAAGGAGCCAAUGCCCAGGUGGUCUAUUCUCUGACGGAUUCUGCGGAAGGUCAGUUUUCUAUCGAUGCCACCACGGGAGUGAUUCGGCUGGAGAAGCCCCUGGAGGCCGGGCCCCAGACAGCGCUGGAGCUCACAGUCCGUGCCUCMGACCUGGGAUCCCCGAUCCCACUCUCCACGCUGGGCACCGUCUCGGUCUCCGUGGUGGGCCUGGAGGACUACCUGCCGGUGUUCCUCAACACUGAGUACAGCGUGCAGGUGCGCGAGGACGCGCCGGCUGGCACGGAGGUGCUGCAGCUGGCCACCCUCACUCGCCCGGGUGCGGAGAAGACCGGCUACCGCAUCGUCRGCGGGAACGAGCGGGGGAGGUUCCGCCUGGACGCUCGCACAGGAUUCCUGUAUGUCAAUGGGAGCCUCGACUUUGAGACAAAUCCCAAGUACUUCCUGUCCAUUGAGUGCAGCCGGAGGGRUUCUUCCUCCCUCAGUGAUGUGACCACAAUUGUGGUCAACAUUACCGAUGUCAAUGAAUAUCGUCCCAGAUUCCCUCAGGACCUGUAUGUCACGAGGGUCUUAGAAAAUGCCAUCGUGGGUGACGUCAUCCUCACAGUCUCAGCGACUGAUGAGGACGGACCCCUAAAUAGUGCCAUUACCUAUAGCCUGGUAGGAGGGAACCAGCUUGGGCACUUCACUGUCCAUCCCAAAAAGGGGGAGCUACAGGUGGCCAAGGCUCUGGAUUGGGAGCAGACAUCCAGCUAUUCCCUGAGACUCCGAGCCACAGACAGCGGGCUGCCCCCACUGCACGAGGACACAGACAUUAAUGUCCAAGUGGUUGAUGUCAACGAUAACCCACCGAGAUUCUUCCAGCUCAACUACAGCACCACUGUCCAAGAGAACUCUCCCAUAGGCAGCAAAGUCCUGCAGUUGAUCYUGAGUGACCCAGACUCCCCAGAGAACGGCGCCCCCUACUCAUUCAGAAUCACUAAGGGGAACGUCGGUUCUGCCUUCCGAGUGACUCCAGAGGGGUGGCUGGUGACCGCUGCGGACCUCAGCAGAAGGGCCCAAGAAUGGUAUCAGCUUCAGAUUGAGGUGUCAGACAGCGGCAUCCCUCCCCUCUCCUCGUCCACAUGGGUCAGGGUCCACGUCACCGAGCGGAGYCACUACCCGCCCUCGGCCCUCCCACUGGAGGUCUUCAUCACCAUYGGGGAGGAGGAGUUCCAGGGUGGCAUGGUGGGUAAAAUCCAUGCCACAGACAGAGACCCUGAGGACACACUGACCUACAGCCUGGCAGGAGAGGAGCCCCUGGGCAGGCACUUCUCAGUCGGUGUCCCUGAUGGCAAGAUCAUCGCUGCCCAGGGCCUGCCCCGCGGCCGCUACUCGUUCAAUGUCACAGUCAGUGAUGGGACUUUCACCACCACYGCUGGGGUCCAGGUCCAUGUGUGGCAUGUGGGGCCAGAGGCUCUGCAGCAGGCCAUGUGGAUGGGCUUCCACCARCUCACCCCGGAGGAGCUGGUGAGUGACCACUGGCGGAACCUCCAGAGGUUCCUCAGCAACAAGCUGGACAUGAAACAAGCCAACAUCCAUCUGGCCAGCCUUCAGCCUGCAGAGGCCGUGGCUGGUGUGGAUGUGCUCCUGGUCUUUAAGGGGCAUUCUAGAACCUUCUACAAGAUCCAGGAACUGGCAUCCAUCAUCACUCGCUCAGCCAAGGAGAUGGAGCACUCGGUGGGACUUCAKAUGAGAUCAGCCAUGCCCGUGGUACUCUGCCAGGGUCCGAGCUGCCAGGGUCAAAUCUGCCAAGAGACGGUGCACCUGGACCCCAGGGUCGGGCCCACGUACAGCACAGCCAGGCUGAGCAUCCUAACACCGCGGCACCAUCUGGACAGGAACUGCUCCUGCAACGGUACUGCCAUAAGGUUCAGUGGUCAGAGCUAYGUGCAGUACAGACCCCCCAUGGCUCAGAAUUGGCACAUCCAUUUCUCUCUGAAAACGCUCCAGCCACAGGCCAUUCUCCUAUUCGCCAAUGAAACAGCCUCAAUUUCCCUGAAGCUGGCCAAUGGAGUGCCCCAGCUGGAAUACCACUGUCCAGGUGGUUUCUAUGGAAACCUUUCCUCCCAGCAUCACGUGAAUGACCAAGAGUGGCACUACAUCCUGGUGGAGGAGUCAGACACUUCCCUUCGCCUGUUGGUUGACAGUACAGGCAUCACCUCCCUUGUCAUUCCAGAGAAGUGCCAGGGUGUCAGGCCUGAGAGAUGCCUCUUGCUGGGUGGCCUUGUCCUCUCCCAUUCUUCCUCAAAUGUCUCCCAGGGCUUUGAAGGCUGCCUGGAUGCUGUUGUGGUCAACGGAGAGGAAGUAGACCCACUAGCCCAUGGCAAGAAGACAGCGGGCUUGGUGGAGAGCCAGGCCGUCACCCAGUGCUGCCUGCAGAGUGAUGACUGCAGCCACAACCCAUGUCUCAAUGGUGGGAGGUGCUCACAGACCCACAGGGCAGACUACAUCUGCAAGUGUCCCCCGCCAUUCUCUGGAAAGAACUGUGAACGUGGAAGGGAGAACUGCACUUCUACACCCUGCCUGGAAGGUGGAACUUGCAUCUCCUCUCCMGAGGGAGCUUCCUGUAACUGCCCUCAUCCACACAUGAGGGACAGGUGUGAAAUGGAGGCGAGGGGUUGCUCAGAAGGACACUGCCUAGUGACCCCUGAGAUCAAAAGAGGGGACUGGGGACAGCAGGAGUUACUGAUCAUCAUGGUGGCCAUAUUGUUCAUCAUCACAAUCACCGUUGGGCUUCUCCUCUACUGCCGCCGUUGCAAGUCCCAYAAGCCUGUGGCCAUGGAGGACCCAGACCUUCUGGCCAGGAGUAUUGGUGUUGACACCCAAGCCAUGCCUUCCAUCGAGCUUGAUCCGCUGAGCACCAGCUCCUGCAACAACCUGAACCAAUCAGAGCCCAGCAAGACCUCGGUUCCUAAUGAACUCGUCACUUUUGGACCCAGCUCCAAGCAACGGCCAGUGGUCUGCAGUGUGCCUCCCAGGCUCCCACCCACUGUGGUCCCUUCCCACGCUGACCAUGAGUCCAUCAUUAAGAGAACCUGGUCGGGCGAGGAGAUGGUGUACCCCGGAGGAGCCACCGUCUGGCCCCCUACCUACUCCAGGAAGGAACACUGGGAAUACCCCCGAUCUGAAGUGACCCAGGGCCCUCUGCCACCUUCGCCUCACCACCACUCAACCCCAGCUGUGUUGCCGGAGCCCACCGCCCUCUAUGGGGGCUUCCCCUUCCCUCUGGAGCUGGAAAACAAGCGGGCACCCCUCCCGCCCCGCUACAGCAAUCAGAACCUGGAAGAUCUGAUGCCCCCGCAGCCCCCCAGCCCCCGAGAGUGCCUGCUUGCCCCCUGUCUCAAUGAGUACACGGCCAUCAGCUACUACCACUCGCAGUUUCGGCAGGGAGGGGGAGGGCCUUGCCUGGCAGAGGAGGGGUACAAGGGGGUGAGCAUGCGCCUCAGYAGGGCAGGACCCUCCUAUGCUGACUGCGAGGUGGAGGCUGCGCCUCCCACCAGCCGCCAUCCCCGGGCACCCCCCAACUAUGAGGGCUCUGACAUGGUGGAGAGUGACUAUGGGAGCUGUGAGGAGGUCAUGUUCUAG